GACCACGCCUCCCUCACCUACUAGUUCUCUCUCCUGUUUGGCAUCCCAGAGAUGGUCCAAAGUGAUUCCUCAGGGAAGAAUCGAGCGCAAAUCACCCGAGCAGGAGCUGACGAGGAGCGGAGUCGCCGUUGCCCAGGACUGCCUCUUAAUUGCGCGUAAUCUUCCGUUUUAUCCAUCUGAGCAGAGGAGAAGACUUUGUAAAGGAGGAGGUGUUUCAUCUCCCUUGGCUUUUCUUUCUCACUGUGGACUGUUUGUUGCAAAAAGUGACAUUUUGCGCGUGUUUUUGUCAGCUGCACCUUGAUCCGGAGGACUGUCGUCAACUCAGCGCAGCCUCUCAUCCUGCGCUUCCCCUUUCAUCGCUCUCACGUUGUUCAUCUUCACAGCUGCAGCUUCCCCCUCUCUCUUUUUCUUCUGGAGUCGCUGACAUGAGGUGCAGCUAACCCUGGAUGCUGACAGCUCCCCUUUUUCGUUCCACAUGUCGCAUCUUUUGUUUACUUUAAGAAAACACACGCGCAACUAAACGCCAAGUGAAAAAGACCACGCCACUUUGCUCCUCUGACAGCGCGAUCAAACAGACGCAAGAGGAGGGGAGGCAGAGAGAGAAAAGGAGGGAGCCAAGGAGAGGAGGAUAGAGAGAGACUAGAGAGAGAGAGUGAGAGAGAGAGAGAUAGCGACAGUGUGAAGGUGCGUUUUGAUGUUUGGCAUCCACGAGAGCAUCCAGAGGAGUGGGAGUAGUAUGAAAGAGGAGCCCAUGGUGGCCGGGAUGAACGCGGUUCGGACAUGGAUGCAGGGCGCCGGAGUGCUGGACGCCAACACAGCCGCCCAGAGCGGAGUGGGUCUUGCCCGGGCACACUUUGAGAAGCAGCCGCCCUCCAACCUCCGCAAGUCCAACUUCUUCCACUUCGUGCUGGCUUUAUACGACCGACAGGGUCAGCCGGUGGAAAUAGAGAGAACCACCUAUGUGGACUUUGUGGAGAAGGAAAAGGAAACGACGGGGGAAAAGACCAACAAUGGGAUCCAUUAUAGACUCCAGCUCCUCUACAGUAACGGCAUCAGAACAGAGCAGGACCUGUAUGUUAGACUCAUCGACUCAAUGACUAAACAGGCGAUUAUCUAUGAAGGCCAGGAUAAAAACCCAGAGAUGUGCCGGGUCCUUUUGACCCACGAAAUCAUGUGCAGUCGAUGCUGUGAUAAGAAGAGUUGUGGCAACAGGAACGAGACCCCAUCAGACCCUGUCAUCAUCGACAGGUUCUUCCUCAAGUUCUUCCUGAAGUGUAACCAGAACUGCCUGAAGAAUGCAGGGAACCCUCGAGACAUGAGGCGUUUUCAGGUGGUUGUGUCGACCACGGUGAGCGUGGAGGGUCAUGUCCUGGCCGUCUCCGACAACAUGUUUGUGCACAACAACUCCAAACACGGGCGCAGAGCUCGGAGACUGGACCCGUCGGAAGGAACACCGUCCUACCUGGAACACGCGACCCCGAGCAUCAAAGCCAUCAGCCCGAGUGAAGGCUGGACCACAGGGGGCGCGACCGUCAUCAUCAUCGGGGACAACUUCUUUGAUGGCCUGCAGGUCAUCUUUGGAACAAUGUUGGUCUGGAGCGAGCUGAUCACCCCCCAUGCCAUUCGUGUGCAAACUCCGCCCAGACACAUCCCCGGCGUGGUGGAGGUUACGCUGUCCUACAAAUCUAAACAGUUCUGCAAAGGCACACCUGGACGCUUCAUCUACACAGCGCUGAAUGAGCCAACCAUAGACUACGGCUUCCAGAGGUUACAGAAGGUUAUCCCCAGACACCCCGGAGACCAAGAGAGAUUACCCAAGGAGGUGAUCUUAAAGAGAGCAGCAGAUCUGGUGGAGGCUUUGUACGGGAUGCCUCAUAAUAACCAGGAGAUGAUUCUGAAACGAGCAGCAGAUAUCGCGGAGGCCCUCUACACGACAGUGCCACGAGGGCACAACCAGCUCUCUGGUCUUGGCAGCGGCUCUGUCCAUGCUGGCAUGAUGUCCGUGAACUCCUUCACUGGGUCAGAGGUGGCACAAACAGCCAAUCAGGGUUUCAGUAGGAGUACAAGCAGUGUGUCCCCUCAUGGUUAUGUCCCCAGCUCCACCCCUCAGCAGAGUAGCUACAGCUCUGUCUCCACUAGCAUGAAUGGCUACGCUAACUCUGGCAUGGCAACCUUGGGCACCUCGCCCAACUUCCUCAAUGGAUCCGCAGGCAACUCGCCCUAUGCUAUCGUCCCGUCAAGCCCAACCAUGGCCUCUUCCACCAGCUUGCCCUCCAACUGCAGCAGCUCCUCCGGCAUCUUCUCCUUCUCUCCAGCCAACAUGGUGUCCGCUGCCGUCAAGCAGAAGAGCGCCUUUGCCCCUGUCGUGCGACCCCAGAACUCCCCGCCACCCACGUGCACCAGCGGUAAUGCUAACAGCCUUCAAGAUCAGUCUUUUGUGGACUCUAGCAAGUACUCAUCAGCCAACUCUCUGCAAGGCCUGGCCUUCUCCUGAACAAUUCCGGGGAUGAUCGUUCCGCCCAUGUAGAGGAUCUGGGAAAGCUGGAGAUUUGGGAAUGUUGAGAGGAAAAAGACACAGUAGCAGAGUCUGGCGAGUCUCUGUUAUGCUCCGGAGCUGAAGGAAGUGAAGAUAAGACGCAGGACUCAGUAAAACUCAGGCCUUUCCAUUGGGAUUUCAUCUGAAGGGGUUGGGGAGAAGAAAAAAGGGACAACACGAACCUUUUGUGAUGUUAUUUCCCUCUUGGUUGAAUUAGCUUAGCUUCUCUGACACCGCGUUGGAUGGAGUGUAUAGAGACUGAUAGUUUAUCCACAGUGUGACACUGACCUCAUCAAAGGAGCAUUUAUUUAUCUUCUUUAUGUUUAUGCCUGUUAGGUUUUGGUUUCAUUACUGGAGAGCCCCCACGUUGUCUCGCAAUCCGUAAUACUCGCACAAACAACCGUCAAGUGUUGGUUUGGCUAUGAAGUUUACGUAACCUCUGUCACAAUAGGAGAUGCUUUCCUUAGCUCGGCCUGCUUGCUAAAACCACACAACAACGCAUCGGCCAAAUGGAACUACGGUCAACACAAAAAUGAAAAAAAAAAAACAAAGAAACACACAAAAGAACAAAAUCAACCCUCUUUUUUGCUGCUAAUUAUUCCAUAAAUCUAAAAGUUGUGCAACAAAAUCUCCCUAACAUCAGAAAACAUGCCUUUGAGUUCUUUCUUUUUUUGUUUGUUUGGUUUUUGUUUGAAUUUAAAUAAAACUGUGAGGAUUGA